AUGAAUGCCCAAGGAAUGGAGGUGAGAUGGUUCCGUGACCAAAUCUCAUUUGUGGUACAUAUGUAUCAAGAUGGCCAGGAUCACAUGGAAUUUCAAAGGAAGGAGUACCAAGGAAGAACAGAAUUUCUGAAGGAGAACAUUACCCAAGGUUAUGUUGCACUGAAGCUGCAUGACAUCCACCCAUUGGAUGAAGGCUAUUAUGGCUGUAUGAUUCGAACUCUAUCAUUCUACAGUGAGGCACGUUUUCUAUUGCAGGUUGCAGGUGUAGGUUCAUCUCCUCAUAUACAUCUUGAAGGUGAUGAAGUCCAGGGAAUCCGGUUGUUGUGCACAUCCUCAGGGUGGUACCCAGAACCCAAGGUCCAGUGGACAGCAUCUAGUGGCCAGCAAGUGCUACCCUCGUCUGAGAUAAAGCAGCAGAUGGCCAGUGGUUUGUUUUAUGUGAAGACAGCAAUCAUUGUGCUGAGUCAUUUGGAGGGGAAGCUUAAUGAAGACCUUGGAAUAAUAAAAGCUCGAUGCUAUGCAGAGGAUAUUACUCUGGAUAUAGACACGGCUCAUCCUUAUCUCCAAAUUUCUGAAGAUAAAAAAAGCGUGAAAGGAGGUGAUACCUUUAAGGAACUACCAAAGUGUCAGAAACGGUUUGAUAAUCUGGUCUGUGUAUUGGGUCAGCAGACUUUCUUGGAAGGUAGACAUUACUGGGAGGUGAGUGUGAAAGAGAAAGUAAAAUGGACCCUGGGAAUUUGCAAGGAUUCAAUCUGCAGACGGGGGGAAAUCCAGGUCUUCCCAGAGUCUGGGUUCUGGACACUAUGUUUGAAUACAGAAAAUAACUACCAAGCCCUUGAAAAUCCCCCUGUGACACUCCAAAUUGAAGAAGUUCCUGAGAUCAUUGGAAUAUUCUUGGAUUAUAAGGCUGGGAGGAUUUCCUUUUAUAAUGUGACCAAUCUGACUCAUAUGUACACCUUCAGAACGCGAUUCACAGGAGACCUGAGGCCAUACUUCUAUCCUGGACCCCUCAGAGGUGGUUCAAAUCGACACCCACUUACCAUCCUGUCAUCAGGUGAUAUAUAA